UGCGUCGUUGCAUAGUAACCAGCACAGCUUCACCCAGUGCCAGAGUAAAGCGCAAAUAACGACUACGGAGAGACAGAUAGAGGCGGCAUCGGGGGGACAGACCACCGGUCUCCGGGAAGGUGGGACACGAGUCAGGGCACAGGGUGAUAUAACAGCCCUGCAGCAGGAAAACUCUCAUUUGCAGCAAAAGUGUAAUAGAGAAAUGAGCACCACUGAUAAUUGAGGAACAAAGUACGUUAGCCGGCCCGUGUUGCACUUUGCAUUAUGGAUGACGAUGAUGAGAGUCUCAACACUUUCCUAGCUUACACAAAGAGCCCUAAAACCUCAAAAAGGACUUCUUUCCAGGACGAGCUGAAGAAGGCCGUUAGUUCUCGAGUUUCACGACAGCAGGCUGUAGAAGAGUCUGACAAUUCAGAUUACUCAGAAGAGUUUGAAAGUGAUGAUAGUUUAGAAGACUAUCUUCAGGAGACAAAAACCGUUGAAUCAAAAAAGCAGAAAAGUCUUCAUGAUUUCCACUUCUCAGAAGAUGAAAAGUCACCUGGGAAAUUGUCUUUCAUUAAAAGUAAGAAGCAAACAGACAUAAAUAGCAGCAAGCAGCAAGACCACAGCGUGAUCACCAAUGAUAUCAAUAAGGGAGACUAUAAACAUGCUCUGCCAAAAUCACCAGACAAAGAAGGCACACCUACGCCAAAGCCAAGAGAGUCCAGGAGGAAGCAUGUACCUUCACAUAGUUUAGAAGACUAUCUUCAGGAGACAAAAACCAUUGAAUCAAAAAAGCAGAAAAGUCUUCAUGAUUUCCACUUCUCAGGAGAUGAAGAGUCACUUGGGAAAUUGUCUUUCAUUAAAAGUAAGAAGCAAACAGACAUAAAUAGCAGCAAGCAGCAAGACCACAGCGUAAUCACCAAUGAUAUCAAUAAGGGAGACUAUAAACAUGCUCUGCCAAAAUCACCAGACAAAGAAGGCACACCUACGCCAAAGCCAAGAGAGUCCAGGAGGAAGCAUGUACCUUCACCUGAAGGCGUUAGUGCUUCUGUAUUUGAGGAAAGCUUAAAGCCAACUCCACAGCAUAGAAACUUACUUAAAAAAAGCACUCACCUAGAAGAUAAAGCUGAGGAAAAGCAGCCCAGCACCAAACUGUCCUCGCUGUCCGCUCCUUCGUCUCUAACGAGACUUAACGAUACGGUUCCUGUUUCUGAAAAACAAUCAUUUUCCGAGAGAUGUAGCCCAGAGGGUUAUAGGUUGCCAAACCCGCCUUCUCCACCUUCACAAUUCAAGUCUCUCUCGAUAACACGUGAUGAUAACUAUGAAAAAAUCACAAGGGAAUCAGUGCUAUUAAAAGAUCUACAAAUGGGAGAAGUUGAUGGUCCAGGAAGCACUGAGUCACAUGGUAAUGGAACGAAAUCAGCUUCUGUCUUAGACAUGAUGUUAAUGGAUGUAAAAGAAAAGUCUAUGAAACAGGAGGACAAAGUUCCAAUCCCUGAGGAAAAUCGUGCAAGCCACUCCUCUAGUGACCACAAUCUUUGGGGUAAUCAUGGGAGGCUGAACCAGAACCACAGGCAACAAAAGCUUGAUCCUCCAAAGGACUCGGAAUUAUCAUCGGAACUAGGCAGAUCUAAAUCGAGCAGUAAGAAGAGAUCUACCAAACAGAACACUCCUAAGGCACGCUAUUUGGGAACAUUAACCAUAUUAGACAAGUCAGUUAAUGACAAUAACUGUGAAGUAGAAGCUGCAGAUACUUUGCGUGCUGCUGUUUAUCAGAACUGGCUGGAAAAGAAGAAAGUAUUUGUUCAUGAACUACAUCAACUGAAAAAGGCUAAAGCGGAGCAGGAGAAAGAGAAAAUAAAAAUGGAGAGCACAAUGAAAAAAGAAGAAGCCAUGGCCGCUUUUAUGGCCUGGAAAACUGAAAAGAAGAAAGAAACAAAACAGAAUGAAAUGAAGCAGAAAUUGGAACAAAAGAAAAAGAUGGAUGAAAUUCAAGAAAUUGCAAGCAAGAAGGAGGAUUGCAGGAAGGCAUUUGAGAAGUGGAAAGAAGCUAAGGAAGAUUAUUUAAGGGAAAUAACUCUGAAACAAAAGCUGACCGAAAUGGAGAAAAACAGACAGGAGCAGACAAUGAAAAUGGAAAAGACCAAUGACAGCAAGUCUGCUUUUAUAAAAUGGAACGAACGAAAGGAACACGUGUUGACUGAAAAGAAAAAGCAAGAGAGGUCUGAGAAAAGGAAACUGGAGAAAAUAAAAGCAGAAAAAGAGGAGCAAGAGAGAAAGGCUCAGGAACUCUAUGAGAAAUGGCUGAAGAGAAAAGAGCGACAGGAAUUGAUGGAAAAGAAGCAGAAAAGGCUGCAGGUCAUCUUAGACGACGAUGGCCCUCCUCCAUGGAGUCCCCCAGGAAACACUAUCUCAGCCGGAAGAUGAUUGCAGUCUCAAUUGUACAAACUGUAAUAUCAAUAUUUCUCAAUCUCA